AUGGCUGCAGCCGCAGUAGCUCCAAAGCGAGCCUGGCCCCCGUGGCCGCCUCUCCUGUUCCUGCUCCUCCUGCCCGCAGGGAGCAGUGGCGGCUGCCCUGCCGUGUGUGACUGCACCUCCCAGCCCCGGGCGGUGCUCUGUGCCCGCCGGCGGCUGGAGGCCGUGCCCGGGGGCCUCCCACUGGACACUGAGCUCCUGGACCUGAGUGGGAACCGUCUGUGGGGGCUGCAGCAGGGGAUGCUCUCUCGCCUGGGCCUGCUCCGGGAACUGGACCUCAGCUACAACCAGCUGUCCAGCCUGGAGCCCGGGGCCUUCCACGGCCUGCAGAGCCUGCUCACCCUGAGACUGCAGGGCAAUCGGCUGCGGAUCGUGGGGCCUGGGGUCUUCGCGGGCCUGCCCGCCCUCACCGUGCUGGACCUCCGCCUCAACCAGAUUGUCCUCUUCCUUGACGGAGCUUUUGGGGACCUGGGCAGCCUCCAGCAACUGGAGGUUGGGGACAACCACCUGGUGUUUGUGGCUCCGGGGGCCUUCGCAGGGCUGGCCAAGCUGAGCGCCCUCACCCUGGAGCGCUGCAACCUCAGCACGGUGCCUGGCCCGGCCCUGGCCCGGCUCCCGGAACUAGUGUCCCUGCGGCUUCGAGAACUGGACAUCGGGAGGCUGCCGGCGGGGGCGCUCCAGGGGCUGGGGCAGCUCAAGGAGCUGGAGAUCCACCACUGGCCGGCUCUGGAGGCCCUGGAGCCCGGGAGCCUGGCCGGGCUCAAUCUGAGCAGCCUGGCCAUCACCCGCUGCAAUCUGAGCUCCGUGCCCUUCCAGGCGCUGCACCACCUGAGCUUCCUCCGGGUCCUGGAUCUCUCCCAGAACCCCAUCUCGGCCAUCCCAGCCCGAAGGCUCAGCCCGCUGGUGCGGCUGCAGGAGCUUCGGCUGUCAGGGGCCUGCCUCACCUCCAUCGCCGCCCAUGCCUUCCACGGCCUGACCGCCUUCCACCGCCUGGACGUGGCGGAUAAUGCCCUUCAGACGCUCGAGGAAACGGCCUUCCCUUCUCCAGACAAACUGGUCACCCUGAAGCUGUCUGGCAACCCCCUGACCUGUGACUGCCGCCUCCUCUGGCUGCUCCGGCUCCGCCGCCGCCUGGACUUCGGGUCGUCGCCGCCUGCCUGCGCGGGCCCCCGGCAUGUCCAGGGGAAGAGCCUGAGGGAGUUCUCAGACAUCCUCCCUCCAGGGCACUUCACCUGCCAACCAGCCCUGAUCCAGAAGUCCGGGCCUCGCUGGGUCAUCGCGGAGGAGGGGGGACGCGCUGUCUUCUCCUGCUCUGGGGAUGGAGACCCGGCCCCCACCGUCUCCUGGAUGAGGCCUCCGGGGGCCUGGCUGGGGAGGGCUGGGAGAGUCCGGGUGCUCGAGGACGGGACGCUGGAGAUCCGCUCGGUGCAGCUGCGGGAUAGAGGGGCCUAUGUCUGUGUGGUCAGCAACGUCGCGGGGAAUGACUCCCUGAGGACCUGGCUGGAAGUGAUCCAAUCUGAGCCACCGAAUGGCACUCUCUUUGACCCCAACAUCACCACGCCAGGGGUCCCGGGGCCCUUCUUCCUGGACAGCAGAGGGGUAGCUAUGGUGCUGGCAGUGGGCUUCCUCCCCUUCCUCACCUCCGUGACCCUCUGCUUUGGCCUCAUUGCCCUCUGGAGCAAGGGCAAAGGUCGGGUCAAGCAUCACAUGACCUUUGACUUUGUGGCACCUCGGCCCUCCGUGGAGAAGAACUCCGGGGGGAACCGGGUCACUGCCAAGCUCUUCUGA